UUUUCCUCAGCACCGUCUCCUACAUUAUGUCUUCAAUAAAUAAAGCGCACACUGUCCAGUUGCUGAACCCUUUGUUCAAUUGGGGUCCACCUGAUUUGGAGAUGCGCAAGGCUAGGAAGAUGUAUGCACCGAGGACUUCAAUAAGAUCUGAACCUCCCAAGAAGAAGAAAAUUCGAUGGCGCAUGGGAUCACUGAGGAAGCUUCAUGAUAUGGAUUCGAUGUCAGGCAAAAGCAAGGGCUACAUCUUCAUGGAUUCUUCGUUCUUCACGAACAUCUCCAAUCUGAAGAUGAGCCCUCCUCGAAAUAAGAACAUCAAGGUCCAAAAAUUAUUAAUUUAACCAAAAAUUGUGUUCUUAUGUUAUAGUUAAUAAUUCAGUUAUUUUAUUUUUAACUUUGACCC